AUGGCCCAUGCACCAAAGUUAAGCAUCGCUGCUAUUGCGACUAUGAGUUCUGUCUUAGUCAUCUAUGCCACCAUCAAGUCUCCUUUAAAGUACCAAUGGGCUUCUGAGAACAGAAUCAGUCCUAAGGCUGACUUGGCAUGGAGAAACGCUGCUCAAAAAUGGCUCGAAAACAAUUAAGUUCAUCAAACGAAGUGUGUCUCUGUGAAGUGACUGAUAAUCAUAUAGAGAAGUCUCUAGACGUCAUUCAAGACCUUCAACAAGAGACCAUAUACAUCAACAGGGUUAGGUGAGCCACUCGGGCUGGCUCCUAUGAGCAUUGCAUAAUUUUUGUACGAUUAGUUAGUUUCUAUAAAUAUGAGUUUUAAUGACUAUGUAGAUCCACU